GGCGCUUCCACAGAGCAGGACGGAGCGGAGGGCUCAUUUCGCCGGCGGAAUACAUGAUUGUGUGAUUCUAUGAAAAGUUAACUUGGCUCCCGUGCGGGGCGCGUGGGGGGACAUCGUAGAGCACGGGCUCCUCAGCGAUGGGCUCGUGAUAGAGCGCCUGGCAGAUGCGUGUCGAACGGUGCCGAGCGGUGUGAACAUGUUAGUGUGAAACAUGUUGUUGUGAGUGUGACAUGUCCCGCUUCAGCGCGAGCGCCCAGUGAAGGUAAGGAGGACCAGCAGCCAGUAUUGAAGCCGCGGCCAGGCCAGUGAUGGAAGAGAAAGAGACGGGGAAGAGCGAGCCCGUGGACCUCCGCUGUGCCGAGCAGACUGAGCUGCUCUCAUUAAUAAUAAGCGGAGAGGAGGAAGCGACGCGAGAGGAGAGUGACUUGGGAGAGGAAGACCGUCUCGCCAACGGACAUGGCGAGGAGGAAUCAGAGGCCAGCAUGGUCAAACCUGUCCAGUCUCCAUGCACUAGCUACUGGAACAUCACAGAGGGACCAGACCAACCACUCCUCCUGUCUCGGGCCGCCGGGCCCUCCGGAUCUAAACCCAGGGUCCAGAGGGCUUCCCGUCCCGGCCUGAGCCGGAUCCCAGGCCGCGACCACCGCCGCUACUACCACGAGUACUGGCGCAGCGAGUACCUGAUGGACUUUGACCCCCAGCGGCACGGAAUGAUCUGUAUGGUGUGCGGCAGCUCGCUGGCCACCCUGAAGCUCAGCACCAUCAAGAGGCACAUCAGACAGAAGCACCCGGACUCCCUGCUUUGGAGCGCCGCCGACAAGGAGGUCAUCCACUCAGGCUGGGAGAGCCACCUGAGCCUGGGGGGAGGUCAGAGGUCAUUCACUUCUGCUGCUGGACCUUCAGCUCAGGAAGAGGAGGAGCAGCUGGUAUCAGAGCAGCAUGCUGCCGCAGAACCCCCAGAGCCUGUGACGCCUCAGGAGCAGCCACAGCAACCCCCCAGUUUAUCUCCCCGCUCUGAGGAGGGUGAAGCCUCACAGCUCAAAGAGGAGGAGCAGGACCUCCCCGGGCCAUCAGCCCGGACCCUGGAACGCUACCUGAAUGACUCGCUGCACGCCUGGUUCCGCCAGGAGUUCCUGAUGGAGUACGAGGCGGAGGCCGGCCGGCUGCUGUGCAUGGUGUGUGGAGGAGAGCUGCCCUCACUCCACCUGGACCACAUCAAGAGCCACGUGCUGGACACCCACCCCAACUCCUUGGUCUACAGCUCCGAGGAGAAGCACUGCAUCUUGCAGGCCUGGGCUCAGACUCAUGAAGAGUCAGAAAACUCAAUCAAAUCAGAGCCCAACACCGAAGAAGGUGGGGCGGACCUCUAUGCUCAGGGAGUGGAGGCCAUCCAGAUCAACACUGACUUGUACCCAGAAGGCGAUGGCACUUUAACUCAGGACACUUGUCUUAUUGGUGAGGACGGAGGCGUCGGAGUUCCACAGCAGGGACCUCAGCCCCUCCGCCAGCCCAGGAAGAGGAGGUUACACGGGGGCGACCCGUGGCGGCUCCGCCUCGACUACCUGGUGGCCUACGGGCCUCAGGGCCGCGGCACGUUCUGCAUGGUGUGUUCUCAGGUCCUGCAGGAAACCAAGGUCAGCAGCUUCCGCCGCCACAUCCAGGAAUGUCACCCAGAGACGACAACCCUGAGCCGACAAGAAAGGGAAGCCAUGGCUGCUGCCUGGACCAAAGAUUACUCUAGUGAAGGCAUGCAAGUACAAGAUGCAGAAAUCAACCCGAGUGCAGCUGAUGUCCUAAAUACCACAGGAGAGACGAAUGAGGACACCUCCCCUGAUGUCAGAACUCCCAGCAAAAUGGUGAAGAAGGAGGAGGGUGUUAGUGGAGGGAAGGGUAAAGCGAGGGAUGACGGCGCUGCAGCCACACCCUCUCGUCACGGCCAUUACCCUGGGAAGGACCAGAGGAGGAACUACCAGGUGCGCUGGCGGAUGGAGUACCUGAUGGAUUAUGACUGUCGCAGACACGGGCUGAUCUGCAUGGUGUGCGGAGCCACUCUGGCCACACUGAAGGUCAGCACCAUCAAGAGGCACAUCACGCAGGUACACCCACACUCUCUUUACUACAGCUCGGAGCAGAAGCAGGAGGCCCUGCUGAGCUAUAACCAGACCGCCCUGCACUUCAUCCACUCUGACGACUGCUUCUCCUCCCAGGACCAUGGACACACCGAGCUGGCCCCUGAUCCAGCACACAUCAGCAUUUAGAAAGGGCUUCCGUCCACUGUUCCUCCCACGGCCCCUAUUCAGAACCUUCCACCUUCUUUCUUUAAGAGAAAUUCAAGUAUUUGUCAAACAGGGUAUUAUUCUCUUAUUCGUGCCCACUGUCCCCACUAGCUUUGUUCCAAAUUUACCAAAUCUUUACAUAACAGGCGCAGAGUGAAUUUUAAUCAGACAGAAUCCUGCGAAUAAAGACCAAAAAUGAUGACUAUAACGAUAAUGAUGUGAACAUCCACACGAAUAAAUAGUUCUUCUAUCAUUCAUCAAAUUGCUCUGAAAGUGACCCAACAAAAUUGUUCGUCACUGGGUUCGUUGUGGUGUUGAAGCCACCAUCCACUUGAGUUGGAACGAUUUUUAAAACAACAUAUUCAUAGUCAUUGUCAUAGUUGUCAUUCGUGGUGUGGACAGCUCUUAAGACCCAGGCUGACAAAUACUGGGAAUUCCCCUGUAAAUGUAAAUCUGAAUCUGAUGCUGUGGCUGGUAGCAACUGCCACAAAGGAAAUGUCACAACCAUGUCACAACCUACAAAUGUCAUGGCCUAAAAAAUGAAAGUCCAGCUCGGCACUUUUGAAUUAAUUAAAGCCACAUCUGCACGGCAUUCAUGUCACCUGAGGUUCUCAUGAGAUUUUGGAAAUUAAUAAUAAUAAUUCAUAUUUAUAGUAAUAAUAAUUAUUAAAGCUGCAAGCAGCAACGAACAAGCCCUCACACCCGCCAACCACACAUUGUAAAAUGUAUGUAAAUGAAAUGAUGUUUGUCACAUAAGGCUACCCUCCUGUUGCCAGUAGAUGGUGUCAUUAUUUUGACUCAGUAUUAUAGAUUAGGCAAGCUAAAACAACUUGCUUUUUUUAUGGCAAAAGGUACAAAAAUAGCAUUUUGAUUAAGAAAACAGCUGGUAUAUGCAAUUAUUACAAAUCACAUGAGGUCCCCAGGUGACGGCCACAUCAGACCGGCAUUUGAGAUGGUAAAAUUUUGGUGCACUUGUGGCUAGCUUACACCAGCUAGCUAGCAUGUUAGCUCUUAAGCCACUGGGUACAGUAGCUCACCCACUAGCCCUACAAGUAGUCACUACUUCACCAAUCAAUAAAUCCAUUAGUAAAUCUGCAUGGUGCUUUUGUGUAAACUGUGGUGAAAUUUGCACCAUGGAUCAAUAGCAAAGUGGAUUUUGUUUUCACACUUUCUGGUCUGAUCGGUCAUUAAUAACAUAAUAAUAUAAAUUAAGCUUUUAUAGGGAUGCACCGAUUUUGAAAUUCUGGGCUGAUACCGAUGUUUAAAAUA